UUUUUAUGCGUAAAUCGAAGGCUUGACAACCAAAAAAAAAGAACAUAGAAAAAGAAGAAAACUCUGCUUAGAACUUGGCUAAUCAAUCAUCCAACCCAUGGGUUCUGCUUCAAAGAAUGACGAAAGAGAGGAAGUCAUCCAGGCAUGGUACAUGGAUGAUAGUAAUGAAGACCAACGGCUUCCACAUCACAAGGACCCAAAGGAAUUUGUAUCCCUUGACAAGCUUGCAGAACUUGGAGUACUAAGUUGGAGGUUGGAUGCUGAUAACUACGAAACCGAUGAAAAAUUGAAGAAAAUUCGUGAAACACGUGGAUACUCUUACAUGGACAUAAUUGAGGUUUGUCCAGAAAAGCUGCCGAAUUAUGAGGAGAAGAUAAAAAACUUUUUUGAAGAACAUCUUCAUACCGAUGAAGAGAUUCGCUAUGCUGUUUCUGGAAGUGGGUAUUUUGAUGUGAGAGAUCGUGAUGAAGCUUGGAUACGGGUUUGGGUGAAGAAAGGGGGAAUGAUUGUACUACCUGCUGGUAUCUAUCACCGCUUCACGCUUGAUACAGACAACUACAUCAAGGCCAUGCGGCUCUUUGUUGGUGACCCAAUUUGGACUCCUUUCAAUCGACCACAUGAUCACUUGCCUGCAAGGAAGGAAUAUAUUGAAGCAUUUGUGCAGAAGGAGGCUGGUACUGUUGAUGCUACCGCUUGACUUAUGAUACAUACUAAGAUAUUCAUAGCAAUAUUUAUUGCAACUUAAUUAAUCAGCUGUAGCACAUUGAUUGCUGCUGUAAUUCCAUGUUAAUUUAAUAUGUUUGUGUUGCAUAAAAGCUAUACCAAUAUCUUGUGUAUAUGGCCAUGUUGGUUUGUAAACAUGUGUGCCACAAUGAUUGUAAAAGUUUACGACACUCUACCGUUUUGUGGGUUUGUGAUUUGAGCAUCUCAAGUUUGAUAGUA